CACCGCCACCACCAUGUUAGCUUUGAAAAGCUCUCUCUUUUUCCUUCUCCUCUCUCUCCUCACCCUCCAGUGCCUCACCGCCGCCUCCGCCGCCUGCCAUGUGGACGACGAAUCGGGUCUCCUCGCCUUCAAAUCGGCCAUCACCCAUGACCCCUCCGGCAUGCUUCAAACCUGGAAGUCCGGCACGGACUGCUGCAAAUGGCGAGGUAUCACCUGCCAGUCUGGAAACCGGGUCACGAGUCUCGUCCUGGGCCAAUACGACGAACAGAAUAGCUUUUUGUCCGGUACAAUCUCGCCUUCUCUGGUGAAAGUGCAGAACUUGGAUGGAAUUUAUCUGCAGAACCUCCGAAAAAUCACGGGUCCUUUUCCGGCUCUUCUUUUUGGGCUGCCGAAACUCCUGGUCAUUUACAUCGAAGGCAACCAGCUUUCUGGCCCGCUUCCCCGAGAUAUCGGAAACUUGACCCAACUCUAUUCGCUGAGUUUUGAGGGUAACCGGUUCAGCGGGCCAAUACCGAGUUCGAUCUCCCAGCUGACUUUGUUGAGUCAGCUUAGACUCGGUGGCAACCUCCUCACUGGCACAGUGCCAGCCGGCAUCAGCCGGCUCAAGGACUUGAACUUUCUCAGCCUCGAACGGAACGGGCUCACUGGCAGCAUACCGGACUUCUUCUCCUCGUUCCCUUUCCUCCGGACUCUCCGACUUUCUCACAAUAAGUUUUUCGGGAAAAUUCCGAAUAGCAUUUCAAGCUUAUCUCCAAACUUGGCCUAUUUGGAGCUGGGCCACAACUCCCUAGUGGGACAAAUCCCAGAUUUUCUCGGAAACUUUACGGCAUUGGAUACCCUUGAUCUUUCCUGGAACCAAUUCUCCGGCACUGUGCCAAAAACUUUCGCAAAGCUCACAAAAAUAUUCAACCUCGAUCUAUCACACAAUUUUCUAGUCGAUCCCUUCCCAGAAAUGUCCGUUCUAUCGUACAAUCAUUUCCAUCUCGGUACAAUUCCAAAAUGGGUCACAUCAUCUGAUAUCAUCUACUCACUGAAGCUCGCAAAAUGCGGACUCAAGUUCAAACUAGGCGAUUGGAAGCCGUCGGAAACCUAUUUCUACGACUACAUCGAUCUCUCGGAAAACGAAAUCACAGCUAGUCCAAUCCACUUGUUGAACAAAACCGAUUACCUGGUAGGAUUUUGGGCCUCCGGCAACCAGCUGCGAUUCAAUUUGUCGAAACUUAGAAUCGUGAAGACGCUGAAGUACUUGGAUGUGUCUCGGAACAUGGUUUUCGGGAAGGUGCCUGAGGGGAUAACGGGGUUGGAGAAGCUGAAUGUGAGCCACAACCAUUUGUGUGGUCGGCUUCCUCCGUCGAAGUUUCCAGCGAGUGCGUUCCAGGGCAAUGACUGCCUGUGCGGGUCGCCACUUUCGGCUUGCAAAAAGAGUAAAUAAAAAUGAAGAGGUCGGUGGAAAUGGAAUAAAUAAGGGAAGCAACUUUUAGUGAAUAAUAAUAGUAAGGAGUUGUUUGGAAGUUUAGAUGUUUUUUUUUCUUCUGCGUUUUGAAGAUAUCAGAAAUGGAACAUUUUUACCCCUUACCUUUUUAAAAAUUACUUAGAUAUGGGAUGAGAAUAAAAAGCUUAUGUAAGGAUAUUUUUGUCUAAAAAAUAAUAUAUUUCAUUUUGUUUUAUAAGUAUUCCACUGGGUAACCUUAAAAGCUUCGGACAUUAUACUUUUCAAGAUAGGUGUCGUUUUUGUCGCCAAACAGGUCCUAACUUCUAAGAAUUUGGCUUAGCAUCAAUGCGGAAAAUAAUUGGCUUUCGGUAUGUUUGGAGAGACACAGGGUCACCUUUUCAAGCAUGGAAAUUUCUUUGGGAUAAGGCGAUUUGAUUGGUGGGAUCCAAACACAUAUCCUUGGGAUUUGACCGCCCAAAAUUAAAUCACAAUUUUCACAUGCUUCAUCUCUUCUGAAUCUCUGAUUGGAUAUUUUUGGUUGAAAACCCUAACUAAACUAACCCUAAUCCUUCCAAAUUUCUGCAGAUAAAAAGAGAUUCUAAUUCUAUUUUCAUCUGGAAGUUGAAGGAUUUUCUGCUAUGGAAGUCAAGGGAGGAGUAAAAGAGAGUCAGACGGUGGACAGUACAAACAAGGGAAGCGAUGGUUCCUCUGUUGGGAUUAAGUUUCUGUUCUUUGCAAGAGCUCGGGAUCUUACAGGCGGCCUCACUGAUAUGCCAAUGGAGGUGCCAUCGGGUAGCACAGCCCAUGACUGUCUGAAUAAGCUUGUUGCCAAAUUCCCGAGAUUGGAGGAGAUUCGUGGAUGCAUGGUCCUGGCAUUGAACGAGGAGUACACACCUGAGUCCACGGUUGUUAAGGACCGAGACGAAUUGGCCAUCAUACCUCCAAUAAGCGGAGGCUAAUUCUCUUCCCCACCAAUCUUUCGAGCUGUCUAAAAUUCAUGCAAAGGGAAGUUUCCUUGUGCCUUGUUGUGCAAAUCUGUCCAAAUAUUCAAAAACUUUCAUGAAUAAUCCUUGAGUUUCUCGUUAAGGGUGCCUCUUGAAAUCAUUUUACCUUCGAGAACCGAGCCAUUAAUGGAAAGAUUUGAUGAAGAAAUGCCAAUCCCAUUGUCAAAAUGGCUUCAUUUUCUGGAAUGACUUCAUUUUACAGCUCAGAGAUGAACUGAUAAAAGCUUUUGCAGAAAGCAAACUGCUUUUAUACGAGUAUGGGGCUCUGGAUUCAGUUGAUCAUCCAGAUUUUCAG